UGCGAUGAAUGAAUGCACACUAAUGUCGUAUUAUCGGAACCGUCUGCUAGGUUUUUUGUAUAUUUGCGAAUUGUACAGUGGAAUUGUAUUAUUUGUCUUUUAACCUCAGAUUUAGAUGCUGCUGUGUCCGACAUCAAAUGUAAUUUGAAAUGCGUGAUAUUAUUGUAAUGUUUAAUUACACCAAAUAGAAAAAAUACAAUCCGAGAAUUAAAUUUAUUUUAAAAUGAAUGACUCGGAGGAGGAAAAUUACGUGACGUUUGGUGUUUCUCUCGAACCUUUGGAUGAAGAAAAUAUUCCACGAAAAAAGCCUGUUACAAUCGAAGAUCAAUACGCUUACGAUGCCCAAGGUAGACGCAGAUUUCAUGGAGCGUUUACGGGUGGUUUUUCAGCGGGAUACUUCAAUACUGUCGGUACUCGCGAUGGCUGGAGACCGCAGCACUUCAAGUCUUCAAGAAGUAGUAAAGCGGACAACGUUAUUCAACGACCAGAAGAUUUUAUGGAUGAAGAGGAUACGAGUCUUUUCGGAAUUGCUCCUAAAGGAAUACAAGCUACUAGCGAUUAUGCCGAUCAUGGACAGAAGGGAAAGAAGAGAGAGAGGAUAAGUCAAGACAAUAACGGACCUAUCCCUGGUGCUCCUGUCUUAAAGGAACUUUUAAAACCUGUCAAAGAAACAAUAGGUAUUGUCCUGCUCAAGAAGAUGGGCUGGAAACCUGGUCAGGGUGUAGGUUCUAGACUCACAAAGAAAGAAAAGCAAAAGAUAAAGCAACGUAAUGAAAAGUUAAAAUUAAUACAGGAAAAUCCUGAAAUGGCAGGAAGCAAUUCAGAGGAUUCGGAUGAUAAUUCUACUAAUAUUACUUUCGCACCUGAUGAUUAUGAGCCAUUCAGGUGUAAGCCAAAGGACAAUUAUUUUGGCAUCGGCUAUUCGGGUCUAGACAGACGGAAAAUUCUUUCCGGUCAUAUCAAUCUAUUCGAUACUCCAGCGUUUUGUGUUCAAGAUAAAAAUAAGAAAUUAUCGAUUCAUGGCCAAGCAUUUGGGGUUGGUGCGUUCGAAGCCGAUGACGAAGAUAUAUACGAAAGAGAAGAUAUGUCGCGUUACGACUUUGCCCUGGACCCCGAGCGUAAGACGAAGACAAGAUGGUCGCAGGACGCUCCGACUAGCUCGCAAACCGAUCGCUUGGACGGUUUCGUUCGCGCGAAGGAAAGAUUAGCGAGCAAGAAAAUCUUCAAACCGCCAGAAUUGCCAAAGAAUUUCGUGCCGGUGCACGCUGUUAGGAAAAGCAGAUUCUAUCCGCCGAUUGCAAUUCCGGUGGAAAAUGGCAAACGCAGAGAGCCAUUGAACGCUGUAGAUAGGGCACGGAUUUUAGAAGAUCCCAAUGAACGUUCAAAGAAGCCAUCAUCAAACAUAUCUGUUGCCUCGAAUAUCAUUUCGAAUACUUUAAAUUUACAUGGCAAACAGCAAACGGAGGAAAGAAGGAAAUUGGAGAAUCAACAGACAACGACAGGCAACUCAUGGCUAGAUAAAUUAAAUGCCAAAAACUUUGUCAAAGGUGGUGUUAUAGGUCUCCAAGAUGACACGGGUAGCUUGAAAACAUUAGAAGAUUUCAAAGAAACUGCUUCUGCAUCCAUACGUUCGAGCGCGGAAACGUCGACGGAACGUGACUCCUCGAGUAAAAACGAAAGAAGCGCAAAAUUGUUCUCGUCCGAUCCAGACAAACAGAGACGAUUCGAGCAAUAUCUUAUUUUCUCUAAAAACGAUGAAAGGAAUAAACUCGAGACUAUUCAACCACUUUCCAUGACCGAUUGGGAGAGAGAACAAGAACGUACGGAAUUCGAACAAGCGGCGAAGCUGGAGCAGUCGAAUAAUUAUAUGGUGGAUAAGUUUAUACAUAGCGCUGAUGCUGAUCACAAGAUGGACGAGACGGAUCCGGAGAAGGAUAUAAAGGAAGCAAUAAGACUGAAAAUGUUUGGCAAACUUACGCGAGAGCGAAGCGAAUGGAAGCCCGCGAGUAUUGUUUGUAAGAGAUUCAAUAUUCCCGAACCGAAAGUCGGUUGCGCUCCGGUCGCGACGGAUCGAAAAUCGGCGAGAUUCUCCGUUUUUGAUUCCUUAGAUUGGUGUAAUUCAUCCAAGUUCACGAAAGCUACGGAACAACAGCGAAUACAAGUGGAAGAAGCGUCUCUACUGUCAAAGAAAACAAAAGAGAAUGCAAACAAAGCAAUUUCCGAUACUGAUAAUAUUUCGUCGAAUGAUUACCAAUCUUCAGAGUCCGUUUCCGAGAAAUUUAAAAUCUUCGAAGCUUCCUACGAGAAAGUUUUUGGCAAGGGUAUUCUUUCCACAGCAUCGGAAAAUGUUAAACAAGACGUGAGCGAUAAUUUAAAGGAUAAAACAAUCCAAGAAGUAGGAAAUAAGCAAGAAAUCGGAUCGGAAACUGCAGUUAAAGAUCAAUCAAAUGAGAAGAAGGAUUUGUUUAAGGCAAUUUUCCUUAGCAGCAGCGAAGAUUCCGAGGACAGCGAAUCGGAAGAAAAUGUUGACAACGAAAUGGUCAAGUCGAUCUUAAUCGGGAAAGAUCCGAAAGAAAUAAACACCCAAAGAAAUAUGUCGCCGCCGCGCGGUAUCUUCGCAAAAUUGGAUCUUGAUAGCUUGGUGGUGCAUCCAAAACAGGUUAAUGACGAAAGUACAGCUUCCAAGAUUUCGGAAACCAGUUUACCAACGUCUGAUGAAAUGCGAAACAAUCUCGCGGAUUGUAAUGAUGUAAUCGAUGCUGCGGAGGCCGCGAUACCACCAGAUAUGUACGGUCCGAUUCUGCCACAAAGGUUGUUAAAGCAGGAAAGUAUUGCGACAACAGAGGCCGGCAGCACGGACCAAUCGCUAAAGCCAGUAUUUCGCAGUGUCGUGGUAUCAAAAACUGCGGAUUCGAUACCCGGCGGGAAAUGGGUAGAACGGGACAAGGCGAAAAAAUUAAAGAAAGAAAAGAAGAAGCAUAAACAUAAAGAUCAUAAGAGCCCCAAGCACAAGAAAAAAUCUAAGAAAGAGAAACGUUCGAAACAUUAAUUUCUGUUUAUUUUUAUCCCUAAUUCCAAGCUUCAUAUUGUGAAACGAUUUACAUGUUAAAAUAAUUGUACAUAAAGACGUCCGAGCUUCUAAAACUCACGCUCCACUAAAACCGUAUUAUUUUAUAGUGAAUUUCAUUAAACACAUAUGCACUUAUUUUUCUAUAUAUAUGGUAGGCACAUCUGUAAUAUAGACUGAGAAUAUAUAAUAUUUGACUUGAGUUCUAUAUUUGAAUGUCUUAUGUAAGUAAGAUUUAAAAUUAUUAGAUAAUUACAGAAGAUAACAAAGGUUUUAUUAUAUGUUGAAUUUAUAUAAAUGAAGACACUUUGUCCAUAGAUGCUGCUGGUUGCGCGAAAUGCAAUGUUAGCUGUUCGUUUUGGUUAUAAAGACUGGUAGUGAAAACUUUCUGGUGCAAAUGGCUUUAAAAUAAAUCAAUAACUUCUAGAUACAGCCCCAGGUAACUUUAUAUAUUAUAUUUUCCAAAUGAUUGCGUAUUAUACACGUGUAUAAGGAUAUGUACAUAUGUUUUACACUCACUUAUGAUCAUGCACGGAUCGUUUUCGAUUUGCGUGCUUUUCUGUGAAAAAAUUACAUAAAGUGAAUGAAUUAAAUAGAGACUACUUAUACUGGAUAUUAAGACGACAUAGAUGACAAGGAUUAAAUAAAUCUAUUGUGUUCUCG